UUCUUUCCUGUGUGGUGUUUACUGCUGUGUAACAUUCCAUCGUAUGGCUGUACCACCAUAGUUCAUCUGUUCUUCCAUGUGUUACAACAGCAGCUGUGAGAUAUCAUGGCCCCGUUAGCCAGUGAGGAAGUGGGAUUGGAGAUGCUAAGUAGCAGAGCUGAAUUUUGAUCUAACCCCCAAUCUAGGAUUCUUUCCCACCAAACCAGGAGCUGAUUUGAUCAAAUGACCCAAUUAGCAUUUCGUUACUGCCCGUCUGAGAGGUUUUCAGGCUUCUAGUGUUCCUGGAGAAUGCCCUUUUGGAAUCUGGGGUCUGUGGAUGUAAGAAGGAAAACGGACACUGCAGUUAAUGACUCACCACGCGUGCUCGUCUUUUUCUGCCUGGUGUCAAGCUCGCCAGCGUUCGCAUGAUGGAGCUGCCCAGACCAUAGACUAUUUAACCGUAGAACAUUGUCUAAGUCAGUCCCAGGGUUGACUGCAUGGCGUAGCAAUCUGAUAGUGAUGUCUGAGCUCAGCGACGAGGCCAGCGAGCCGGAACUCCUGAACCGCAGCUUGUCCAUGUGGCACGGGCUGGGGGCGCAGGUCAGCAAGGAGGAGCUGGACGUGCCCUUGGAUCUUCACACAGCUGCGUCCAUCGGCCAGUACGAAGUGGUGAAGGAAUGUGUGCAGCGGAGAGAGUUAGAUUUGAAUAAGAAGAAUGGUGGUGGCUGGACCCCGCUGAUGUAUGCCUCCUACAUUGGACACGAUACCAUCGUGCACCUGCUGCUCGAGGCAGGGGUGAGUGUGAAUGUGCCGACCCCGGAAGGGCAGACUCCACUGAUGCUGGCCUCCAGCUGUGGCAACGAGAGCAUCGCCUACUUUCUCCUCCAGCAAGGUGCUGAGCUAGAGAUGAAGGACAUUCAAGGCUGGACUGCCCUCUUCCACUGCACCAGUGCCGGGCACCAGCAGGUGGUCAAGUUCCUUUUGGACAAUGGAGCAAACGCCAACGUGAGGGAGCCGAUAUAUGGAUUUACUCCUCUGAUGGAAGCAGCUGCUGCUGGUCAUGAAAUAAUCGUGCAGUAUUUUCUGAAUCACGGAGUCAAAGUGGACACGAGAGACCACAGUGGGGCCACGGCCCGGAUGCUGGCCAAGCAGUAUGGACACAUGAAGAUCGUGGCCUUGAUGGACACUUACUCACCCUCUCUGCCCAAGAGCCUCUAUUGGAGCCCAGAAAAAUAUGAAGAUCUAAGUUCUUCGGAUGAAUCCUACCCUGUUCCUCAGAGACAGAGGCCCUAUAGGAAGAAGGGCCUCAGUAUCCACGAGGGGCCGCGCGCCUUGGCCAGGAUCACGGCCAUCGGACUUGGAGGCAAGACCCCACGGCCCAGCUGUGAACAGGUGCCUCCUCGGGGCUAUGUCACCUUCAACAGCAGUGAUGAGAACCCCCUGGAAGUGGAGGGCCUCUGCUACCGGGACGUCACCUCCCCCAUCAAUGACCGGGAUGUGGAGAGCAGCAGCAGCAGCAGCCGGGAAGAGCAAGAGCGUGCUUUCUGUGCCAGCCUCGGGGCCAUCCGGAGCAGCAGCAGCAGCGAGGGCCUGGCCAGAGCCCAGGGGCUCAGCAGCGAGGCCUCCGUGGAGAGCAACGAGGACUCAGAUCAUGCACGUAGAAGUUCAGUUCGCAAACAAACUAAAAGUUACGUGAAGACUAAGAAUCGUUGCGGCCAGUGGCUUCCCAGCACUGGGAUUUCUGGGGCAGUUUGUACUCCAGGAUCUGUCCCCCAAACUGAGAGGUCCCCCUAUUCAGGACCCCAGGACCUUGCUGCGCUGCUGGAGCAGAUUGGGUGUCUCAAGUACCUGCAGGUGUUUGAGGAGCAGGACGUGGACCUCCGCAUCUUUCUGACCCUCACCGAGAGCGACCUGAAGGAAAUCGGCAUCACGUUGUUUGGGCCCAAAAGGAAGAUGACCUCUGCCAUCGCCCGCUGGCACAGCAGCGCCCGCCCGCCCAGCGACGCCCUGGAGCUGGCCUAUGCCGACAGGCUGGAGGCCGAGAUGCAGGAGCUCGCCAUCCAGCUGCACAAGCGCUGUGAGGAGGUGGAGGCCAUGCGGGGCCAGGUGUCCCAGGAGCAGGAGCUGCGGGCUGUGGUGGAGAGCUGCCUGCUAGAGCAGGACGGGGCCCGGAAGGACGUCCAGGCCCAGCUGCAGGAGACCUGGGCCCUGGCCCGGGAUGCCACCCUCAUCCUGGACCAGCUGCGAGCCUGUCAGUCUGAGCUGUCAGCCCGAGUGAGGCAGGACCAGCCCCCUGGUGCAGCCGCCCUGGGCCCAGCCUUCCCCCACUCGGACUCCAAGGGCUGGCCAGCAUCCCUGCAGGCCAUGAGCCUGCCCGAGCUGUCGGGAGCCCUGGAGGACCGUGUGCACGAGAUGGGGCGAGCACUGUGUUCAGUGACCCAGAGCCUGGAGAAGCUGCAGGUGCUGAGCAGCAAGGAGAAGUGGCGGGAGCCCUAGCCCGGAGGGACGGUGAAUCUGACGUCGGGUGACUGAUCCACCCUGAAGCUGUGUGUCAGGAGUCAGGAGGGCCACGUGCAGGCGGCUGCGGCAAGCAGCACGGCCCAGGCGGGGCCAGAGGAUCAGGCCCCGGGAGCAGCCAGCAGACACAAGCAGGACAGGGACUGUGGCUCAUGCCAGGCAGCUUGGGCCAGCACUGUGGCAGGACGAGGGCCUGUCGCCCAGAGCCUGCUGGUAAGGCCCAGAGCUUGUGGCCUGGCCUAGCCCAGGCCAGGCAGGGCCUUGAAGAGAGAGAGUGUCCCCAUACAUGGGUGCCAGAGGCUUGACCUUAUGAGAACUGGGGCACCUCGAAAAUGUCAUUUGUUGGAAAAUAAAAUUUAUGAUCAGCUGUGAAGGGCUCAGUUCUG